AUGAAACUGCUUGAACAGACGUCCAACGCUUGCAUGCUCGCUUUUCCGUGCUGUCUCGGGGUGGGUUUUGGUUUCAGCGACGUGGGGCAGUUCCUGGCCGCCUUUCACAGCCAGCGGGACGCCGUGGUGGAGGCCGCGCAGAAGCUGCUCUCCGGUGACCUGGCCCCCCAGAGGCAGAAGCUCCUGGUGGACCUCCUUCACAACUUGGACGAGAACAUCCUAGCAGAGGACAAGGAGGAGGACAAGAAAUGGUUUGAAGGUCUAGAGUCUCGUUUUAAGAAUAAGUCAAGCUACAUGCGAUACAGUUGUGAAAGCAGAAUACGAAGCUACAUGAAAGAGGUUAGUGGUUUUAUUUCAAAUGUUCAUCCAACAGCAAGAGAUGCAUAUAAAAGGAUAAUUGACCUUAUGUUGGAUAAACUGAAAUCUGUGAAAUAUAACGGGUGCUACUUUGACAGAAGAGAGGAGGAAGCAGUCCGCCUGUGCACUGUGGAGGGAUGGUUCUCUUGUCAAGGACCUUUUGACAGGGAUUACUGCCCGUGUAAACAUUCUAUCAACCCCUACAGUAACAGGGAAAGCAGAAUCCUCUUCAGUACCUGGAAUCUCGAUCACAUAAUAGAGAAGAAACGAACUGUUGUCCCAGAGCUGGCAGAAGCUGUCAAAACACGAGAUGGAAGAGAAGUGAACUGGGAAUACUUCUAUCAACUGUUGUUUACCUUGGAUAAUCUGAAACUUGUACAUAUUGCUUGCCAUAAGAAAACCAAUCAUAAUCUCAGCUGCGACAAAACUAAGAUUUACAGGAAAAGGAAGCAAACCCACAAGAUUUCUUAGCAGUACCCCUGAAAAUGACUUCUGUUUUUUCCCCAAAAUCAUGCAACAUGACACCAUUUUUAAAUAGCUCUAGUUUCUUAAUCAAAAACAUAUUUAGCAAGUCUAAAGGACUUGCUAAAGGACCCCAAAGUAAUUCAAUUGCAGUCUCACAAAGCAUACAUUCAGAUUAUGUCUAAUUCUACUCUCCCUCCUUCCUGCUUACUACAGGCCUUGCUUAGAUCACGCUACGUUAAGUGUGAUAAAGUACAGCUAUAAAUCAUACUAUAAAAAUGAGACGCAGAGGCUGCUACUGAUGAGACCUUACAAUCUCUUUCUUGCCAUGAUAAACGUAGGCCCAAAACUCAUGCUACAGACAAAUGAAGUUUGUACAAAGCAUUUUUAAAAAAAUACUCUAAACAAUGAAUUUGCAGAUUCAUAUUCCUUCAAACAUUAAGGCAAACAACGUUUCAGGAUAAUUUUGCUCUGUGCCUCUUGCAGGUAGACAACCAUUGUACUUCGAAUAUGCCAAAUGCCAAUUCAGUGACAGAGGUGUUGACUCUUCUGUAUUUUGAUACACUGAUCCACAACUGUUCCAUUUGCUAUUAUUUUAGAUGCGCGCUUUCUAGGAGUAGUAAGGCCACGGCACAUCUUUGCUUUUAUGAUGUUCUCUAUCUGUCAUCCCUCCUAAUGAUUUUCUUCUCCUUUCAGACAGCUUCUGCCUCUUGAGCUCAAGUUUGCUUGAAGCAAGACAUGCAGCUUUACUGUGUAAGCAUCACAUUUAUGUGCUGCUUUAGAAUAUUUAUUGCUUUAUAACACACUCCCUACCUCUCAUAUAACAAAAUACAUCCAUUUUCGUAAUUUAUUUUUUUUAAAUAUCAGCUGAUGGCAAUUGAAAUCUCAGGGACUGUCAGCAUAAGCAACAUUUGAAUUUUCUUAUUAAAAAAAAUCAUGGGCAUCUUUCUCCAUGUGUACGUGAAGGUAGAGGUGUGCAAGCAAGUGGUUAAUAAAACAUUAAGUAGUCUUACUAUUUUAGUCUGAUAUAAUAAGACUAAAAUACUGAGACUGAAAAGACUGAGCAUAGGGAAAGGUGUUUAUGAGUGAGGCACUAGAUACUUCUUUGUAAUUAACAUACUUGGCUCAUCUGUAAGGAAUCUUCCUUCAUGCAGUUGGUCCUCCUUACCCACAUAAAUUCAGCUAGUUCAGGUGGAAUUGUAUUAAGAUUCAUAGUGCUGUGUGAGCCAUGACUUAUUAAGUCUCAGAAACACAGGAGCUUUGCUACAAAGGGCAUUAAGUUAUUUGAAAGGCAAACAACAAACUCAACCCCCCUCCAAAACUUUUCAACAUUAAAACCAAGUAGGUGCAUUUCUAACGUAGGAUUUCUAAACAGCACUGUGUUGAGUUCACUCUUCCUGUUCACCUAUUUUAAACAUGCAUGUCACCUCUAAGUAAGAUGGAAACGCACUAUACACCGUUUUGAUGUUCCAGAAGCCAUGACAUCGAAGAUUCUGAUGACAAAUACUGUGAAAUCUACAUGGCACACUUCCCACAAACUGAAAAUCACCGUUCUGUACAGCGCUAGAACAAAGAUGAAGGUCUAUAUAUAACAGCGUAUUUGCUAGAAAGAGGAAGUAGCAAAUCUAAAUGGGAUUUGAGAAAAUUUGGAAGGACUGCUUCACAAUGGAGUUGUGUUGAAAACCAUGAGACCAGUAUUAAAAUUAAAUCUUUGUGUAUUACUGAAUUAGUGAAAAGGAGCCAAGAAAUAUCAUCGACAAACAACAUACCAGCUGAAUGGGAAUGUGAAUGAAUUAACAUGUCAUGCAUAGACAAUUUGUUUGGCUAACAAUUUUAAUAUGAAUGCUUAACAGGCUGUAGCUGUAGAAAUUAAUAUUUAAACCAUGUGCUGAUUUUAUUUGCUUUCUAGAAAUGUAGAGGAAAUUAAUAAAAAAGUUCUGGAAGCUUAUUGCAUAACCACACUUUCAAAGAAGUAUUAUCAUAAACACUGGAUGAAUGAACAGUU